CUGAGGACUUAAUUAUAUCAGAGUGGUGUGUUCGUGGUCUUGUGUGGGAGAAACUCCCAAUUUUAAUAAUUUUGUGACUUUUAAAGCACGUUAUCAGGUUAUCCCGCCGGUGUGUUUUUACAUGCCUCCUCACCGCAGAGGGCCUGUGUUGUGUUAACUGUGAGAGAACCAGUAGCGGCGGCGGCAGCAGCAUCUCGUGGUGGUAUUUGGAGCCCAGCAGGCGUGGAAAGAAAGUGCGUUGUUGUUAGUUGACACUGCUCAUCAUCACCACCACCACCACCACCAACAACAACCAUCAUCAUCAUCCUCCUCCUCAUCCGGCCUGCUGAGAAGCCGGGAGCUGGAGUUUGAAACGGAGCGCUCGCCAUGGCGGUAAACCUGGACAAGGACGCAUACUACCGCCGGAUCAAGAGAUUAUAUAGCAACUGGAAGAAAGGAGAAGAUGAAUUUGGCAAAGUCGACGCCAUCGUGGUCUCUGUGGGAGUUGAUGAGGAGAUUGUGUACGCCAAAUCCACGGCAAUACAGACGUGGCUGUUUGGCUACGAACUGACGGACACCAUCAUGGUGUUCUGUGACACCAAAAUCAUCUUCCUCGCCAGCAAGAAGAAGGUGGAUUUCCUCAAACAGGUGGCUAUAACUAAAGGCAACGAGAACGCCAACGGUGUCCCGCCCAUCACCCUGCUCACCAGAGAAAAGAACGAGAGCAACAAGGCCAACUUUGACAAGAUGAUCGAGGCGAUCAGGGGCAGCAAAGAGGGCAAGACGGUGGGUGUGUUCAGCAAAGACAAGUUCCCAGGAGAGUACAUGAAGAGCUGGAAUGACACGCUUAGUGCUGAGGGACUGGAGAAGGUGGACAUCAGCGCUGUGGUCGCCUACACGAUGGCAGUCAAGGAGGACGGGGAGCUGGGCCUGAUGAAGAAGGCGGCAGCCAUAACCAGUGAGGUUUACUCCAAGUUCUUCAAGGAGCGUGUCAUGGAGAUCGUUGAUGCAGAUGAGAAAGUGCGUCACAGCAAGCUGGCAGAGUCGGUGGAGAAGGCCAUUGAGGAGAAGAAGUACCUGGGCGGUGCGGACCCUUCCACCGUGGAGAUGUGUUAUCCUCCCAUCAUCCAGAGCGGAGGGAACUACAGUCUCAAGUUCAGCGUAGUCAGUGAUAAGAACCACAUGCACUUCGGUGCCAUCACAUGUGCCAUGGGGAUCCGCUACAAAUCGUACUGCUCCAACCUGGUGCGCACCCUCAUGGUGGACCCCUCUCAGGAGAUGCAGGACAACUACAACUUCCUGCUGCAGGUGGAAGAGGAGCUGCUCAAGGAACUCAAGCACGGAGUCAAAAUCUGUGACGCGUACAACACAGUCAUGGAGUACGUGAAGAAAGAGAAGCCAGACCUCGCAUCAAAGCUGACCAAAAACCUCGGCUUUGCGAUGGGGAUCGAGUUCAGAGAAGGCUCGCUGGUUUUGAACGCCAAAAAUCAGUACAAACUGAAAAAAGGCAUGGUGUUCAGCAUCAGUUUAGGUUUUUCUGACCUUGUGAAUAAAGAUGCCAAGAAAGACGAGCAGAAGAAGUAUGCCUUGUUUAUUGGUGACACAAUACAGAUCAAUGAGGAAGAGGGUGCAACAGUUCUCACGCCGGUUAAGAAAAAGAUCAAAAACGUGGGAAUCUUCCUGAAGAAUGAUGACGAGGAGGAUGAGGAGGAAGAGGGCGAUGAUGCUGAGGAGCUGCUGGGGAAGGGCGCUCGGAGUGCCGCUCUGCUCGCAGACAGAACCAGACUACUUGGGAAGAACGAGAUGACGGCAGAGGAGAAGAGGCGGGCUCACCAGAAGGAGUUGGCCAAUAAUUUGAAUGAAGAAGCUCGGCGCCGUCUGACGGAGCAGAAAGGAGAACAGCAGAUUCAGAAGGCCAGAAAAUCUAACGUCUCCUAUAAGAAUGUGUCUCAGAUGCCCAGAGAAAAGGACAUCAGGGACAUGAAGAUCUUCAUUGACAAGAAGUACGAGACGGUCAUCAUGCCCGUCUUCGGCAUCGCCACGCCAUUUCACAUCGCCACCAUCAAGAACAUCAGCAUGUCUGUAGAGGGCGACUACACCUACCUGAGGAUCAACUUCUAUGUCCCCGGCAGCUCUCUGGGACGACAGGAGGGAAAUAUCUUCCCAAACCCCGAAGCCACAUUCGUCAAAGAAAUCACGUACCGGGCGUCCAACCUGAAGGCUCCCGGUGACACGUCGGUGCCCUCCACCAACCUGCAGAACGCCUUCCGCAUCAUCAAGGAGGUACAGAAGCGCUACAAAACGCGAGAGGCCGAAGAGAAGGAGAAGGAGGGCAUUGUCAAGCAAGACUCGCUGGUGAUCAACCUCAACCGCAGCAACCCCAAACUCAAGGACCUCUACAUCAGACCCAAUAUUGCACAGAAGAGGAUGCAGGGAUCACUGGAGGCUCAUACUAAUGGGUUUCGUUUCACGUCAGUCCGCGGUGACAAAGUGGACAUUCUUUACAACAACAUCAAACACGCCAUCUUCCAGCCGUGUGACGGCGAGAUGAUCAUCGUACUGCACUUCCACCUCAAGAAUGCCAUCAUGUUUGGUAAGAGACGCCACACAGACGUCCAGUUCUACACAGAGGUGGGCGAGAUCACUACAGACUUGGGCAAACACCAACACAUGCACGACCGAGACGACUUGUACGCCGAGCAGAUGGAGCGGGAGAUGAGGCACAAGCUGAAAUCGGCCUUCAAGAACUUCAUUGAGAAGGUGGAGACGCUGACUAAAGAGGAGCUGGAGUUCGAGGUGCCCUUCAGAGACCUGGGGUUCCAAGGCGCCCCCUACAGGAGUACCUGCCUGCUGCAACCCACGUCCAGUUCUCUUGUGAAUGUGACUGAAUGGCCGCCAUUUGUGGUGACUCUGGACGAGGUGGAGUUGGUCCAUUUCGAGCGUGUGCAGUUCCACCUGAAGAACUUCGACGUGGUCAUCGUUUACAAGGACUACAACAAGAAGGUCACUAUGAUCAACGCGGUACCCGUGAACUCCCUCGACCCCAUCAAAGAGUGGCUCAACUCUUGUGACAUCAAGUACACAGAGGGAGUCCAGUCUCUGAACUGGACCAAGAUCAUGAAGACCAUUGUUGAUGACCCAGAAGGAUUCUUUGAACAAGGAGGCUGGUCUUUCUUGGAUCCAGAGAGCGAGGGAAGCGGCGCAGAGGAAGAUUCAGAGUCAGAAAUGGAGGAUGAGACGUUCAACCCAUCUGCAGAUGAAGAGGAAGAAGAGGAGGAAGACAGUGAUGAGGAUUACAGCUCAGAGACAGAGGACUCUGACUACAGUGCGUCUCUGGGCAGUGAGGAGGAGAGCGGGAAAGACUGGGAUGAGCUGGAGGAGGAAGCCAGGAAAGCUGACAGAGAGAGCCACUACGAGGACGAGGACACCUCCAACAGGAAGAGGAAGGUUCGGUCAUCCGCCCCACCGAGCAAGAAGAAGCGACGGUCCUAAAUGUCUCGUACAUUCAUUCAUACUGCCAAACCUAGCUGACCCCUCCUCCCACCACGACUGGCUCCUCACACUUCACACAGACACACACACACCUGCGCUCAGACACAGUGUGUACAUAGACUUAGACCCCCCCCCCCCCCCCCCCCCCCCUAUUUUUGUUGCGUUAUCGGUGAAGUGUCAUGUUGAGAUGGUGAAAGAACCAGCAGGACAGCCACGCUUCACUCAUUAGCCUCCCCCCUCCUCCCCCUUUUCAUUUCUUGAUCAUUUCCCACCUCCAUUCAUCCAUCCAUCAGGGUUUAUUGUGAGUGUGUGAGAGAGAGAGAGAGUGUGGUUUAAUGGGUUUUUAUUGCAAGCAUUGUUUAUUUUCUGUUAAAGAGUUUCUUAACUAAUGGAUAAUAAAUAAAGAGACUUGACAUCUCCUCUGCCAAGUGUUUUAUAUAAACUGAGAAACCUGAUUUUUUUUUUUUUUUUUUUUUUUUUUUUUUUAAACCUCUUGUCUUCCCCUCCUCGCCCACUUUCUGUUUCUCCCUCUUAUUAUUUUCAUGAGUGUCUGUUAAAUUGUGGUAAUACGAUCAUUUUUUUUGAGGGAGGGAGGGGGGGAAGAAACAUUUCAGAUUCUUUUUCCUGUUUUUGGAGUGGGGCUUAUAAACUUAUCCAUAAAGACACAAACAACCCUCGCACUUGUCCUCCUCUUG